UGGAUUUUGGGGGGAAAAAAUGAAAACAUGGCUUGCCUUACAACAGUCUGUUUAGCUUAAUGCUAACAAAUCAUGCUAAACACAAUAUGACAGUGAUUAUAUAAAGCACAUUUUAAAGUCUUAUUUUUCAUAUUAAAAAAACAAAAACAAGUUUUUGGGGGGGAGGCUGGAACAGAUUAAUGGCGUUUCCAUUCAGCUCAAUGGAGAGGCAUGAUUUGAGAUACGAGUGUUUUGAGUUCCAAGCAUGGUCACAGAACAAAUUGAACCCGUAUCUAAAGGCACCACCGUCCUUUAGAAUAAGUUUGUGUUGUCCCAAUAUAACACAAUAGAUGGCAAGUUUCAACAGAAAUGAAACUCAGGCUAUCAUUAUAAUAAAAGCCUUAUGUUCCUUCCAUUCAUCCUUUUUGGGGGUAAAAGAGUGGCGCGACCCAUUCCAGAAACAUCCGUGUGAUGUAGUGUGGUUUUCUGUUUGUGAUCCUUUUCUCAUUGAGUCUCCUGCCUCUCCCACCUGACGCCUUCCCCCAUCCUUCUCUGGGAAGUAACAGAGUGGAUGAACAUAAAGGGACUAAUCAGCAGCAGGACAAGAUCGCUACAAUUUGGAAGUGUUUUUUGUUUGGUUUUACUUCCUUAACAGAUCAUAUAUAAUACCAGAAUGUCUGAUGUGAAUAGAGUCAUUCAGAACUAGGAGCAAAUAUGGAAUUACUGCAGACUUCAUAAUCAUCAUCGCUAAAAUAAAGGCUGAUGGACAUCCAGAAUCAGAACUCCUUCGCAAGGACAGGCCCACUAUACAGGCUGGCUCACAUGAUGCACUCUGGUCCUAACAGAAGCAGACCUACAGAGUUCAGUAUGAGCUACUGUAGAACAAAGAACACGAGGAAGAGUCAUUUUCUUUGGCCAUUGGCUGAACAGAACAUGAACAACUGCAACAACAAUGAUGGCAAAAAAGAUGACAAGAAAGAAGAACCCAAAAAUGAGAAGAAAGCGGAACCUAAGAAAGAUGACAAGAAAGAUGAGAAAAAGGAAGAACCAAAAGAGGUGUGGGUCAUGGACCCUGCCACAGAUACAUACUACUACUGGUUAUGGACCAUAUCCAUCCCUGUCUUCUACAAUCUGAUGUUGCUGGUGGCCAGGGCUUGCUUCAAUGAGCUGCAGAACAACAACACAAUAUUGUGGCUAGUGUUGGACUACACCUCAGAUUUUCUCUACUUUACUGACAUUUUUGUGAGGGCCAGAACAGGUUUCUUGGAGCAAGGGCUGCUUGUACGAGACGCGAAGGUUCUGAAGGAAAAGUACAUGAAAACACGUCAGUUUCGACUGGACGUCAUAUCUGUGAUUCCCACUGAUAUUGUAUUCAUCAAAAUUGGAAUGCACAAUCCUGAGUGGAGGUUUAAUCGCCUCUUUAGGUUGGCUCGGCUCUUUGAAUUCUUCGACCGAACAGAGACUCGCACCAAUUUCCCAAACAUCUUUCGGAUCGCUAAUCUUGUACUUUACAUCCUCAUCAUCAUCCACUGGAAUGCUUGCAUCUAUUUUGCCAUCUCCAAGGUCCUUGGCUUUGGCUCAGACACGUGGGUUUAUCCACCAAUAAGGAAUGCAGAAUUUCAACAUCUCACCAGGCAGUACAUCUACUGCUUAUAUUGGUCCACAAUGACCUUGACCACUAUUGGGGAGACACCACCCCCAGUCCGUGAUAUUGAGUACUUUUUUGUUGUGGCUGACUUCCUCACCGGAGUUUUGAUCUUUGCUACAAUCGUAGGCAAUGUUGGUGCCAUGAUAUCCAAUAUGAAUGCCGCUCGAGUGGAGUUCCAGGCCAAAAUAGACUCCAUCAAGCAGUACAUGCAGUUCCGGAAGGUGACGAAAGACCUUGAGGCCCGAGUGGUCAAGUGGUUUGAUUACUUGUGGACAGAGGCGAAAACGUGUGACGAAAAGCAGGUGCUCAAGAACCUUCCGGAUAAGCUCAAGGCUGAGAUUGCCAUCAAUGUUCAUCUGGAAACCUUGAGGAAGGUGCGAAUUUUUCAAGAUUGCGAGGCAGGUUUGCUUGUGGAGUUGGUCCUCAAACUUCAACCCCAAGUCUUUAGUCCCGGUGACUACAUCUGCAAGAAGGGGGACAUUGGGAGGGAAAUGUACAUAAUCAAGGAAGGAAAGUUAGCGGUGGUGGCAGAAGAUGGGGUCACUCAGUUUGUUGUCCUCAGUGAUGGAGCCUACUUUGGAGAAAUCAGCAUUUUGGGCAUCAAGGGGAGUAAGGCAGGGAAUCGAAGAACGGCCAACAUCCGAAGCGUGGGUUACUCUGACCUGUUUGCCUUAUCCAAGGAUGACCUGAUGGAGGCGCUCACAGAGUACCCUGAUGCGAAGAAUGUACUGGAAGAUAAGGGACGCGCCAUCCUCAUGAAAGACAACCUCAUUGAUGAGUCGCUUGUCGCAGCUACCGACGCCAAAGACUUCGAAGCAAAAGUGAACGUGGUCGAGGCAAGCUUGGAAGUCAUGGUGUUCAAACUGAAGAAGCUGGCGGAACAUCAUGAAUCAUCCCAGCGCAAGCUCAAACAACGGCUCUGUAAUUUGACAAACCAGGUCCGAACCCUCCAAGUAGCUGACGAGUAACGUGGGCUUGGUGCUUCUUUCACUUAGCAACUGCUCUUCAGACAGACUGUUGAUCCUACAUAUAGCUCAUUUUCAUAAUAAAGGCUAUACAUGCUUAAUAAGCAUCUCAACUUCAUUAUAUACUGUAUUUGGGAGAAUAGGUAUGCUAUGAGACCUCAUGGCCACGCUUGCCCUUUACAAUUAUGACACCAAACACAAACUAUGUACUGAUAUAUUGUAUCUACUGUACAUAACAUAUACAGUUCCCAGAAAAAAUGGGAACCCUUUGGCAUUACCUGGAUUUCUGCAUAUUGGUCACAAAAUAUGAUCAGAGCUCAGUUUAAAAAAAAGUUUUUUUUUUUUUUUUAAAUGUAAACUAAUACACAAUACGGGGUAGUCAAUUGUUGAUUGACUUCUAAUCCUUCGGUCGUUGUACUGUUGCAUCACCCAAUUUCUGUAAAAAUACUGUAUUUGUAUCACACAUACAUUUACAUAUACAGUAUAUACAGUGGGUAUGGAAAGUUUUCAGACCCCCUUAAAUUUUUCACUCUGUUAUAUUGCAGCCAUUUGUUAAAAUAAUUUAAGUUCAUUUUUCCUCAAUGUACACACAGCACCCCAUAUUGACAGAAAAAAAAACUUAAUUGUUGAAAUUUUUGCUGAUUUAAAAAAAAAGAAAAACUGAAAUAUCACACAGCCAUAAGUAUUCAGACACUUUGCUGUGACACUCAUAUUUAACUCGGGUGCUGUCCAUUUCUUCUGAUCAUCCUUAAGAUGGUUCUACACCUUCAUUGGAGUCCAGCUGUGUUUGAUUAUACUGAUUGGACUUAAGAAAGCCACACACCUGUCUAUAUAAGACCUUACAGCUCACAGUGCAUGUCAGAACAAAUCAGAAUCAUGAGGUCAAAGGAACUGCCUGAAGAGCUCAGAGACAGAAUUGUGGCAAGGCACAGAUCUGACCAAGGUUACAAAAAAAUCUUUGCUGCACUUAAGGUUCCUAAGAGCACAGGGGGAGAAGAUUCUUGGUGAGAGAGGUAAAGACAAAGGCAAAGAUCACUUUGGCUGAGCUCCAGAGAUGCAGUCGUUUGAUGGGAGAAAGUUCUAGAAAGUCAACCAUCAAUGCACCCCUCCACCAGUCGGGGCUUUAGGGCAGAGUGGCCUGACAGAAGCCUCUCCUCAGUACAAGACACAUGAAAGCCCGCAUGGAGUUUGCUAAAAAAAAAACACCUGAAGGACUCCAAGAUGCUGAGAAAUAAGAUUCUCUGGUCUGAUGAGACCAAGAUAGAAAUUGUUGGCCUUAAUUCUAAGCGGUAUGUGUGGCGAAAACCAGGUACUGCUCAUCACCUGUCCAUUACAGUCCCAACAGUGAAGCAUUGUGGUGGCAGCAUUAUGCUGUGGGGGUGUUUUUUCAGGUGCAGGGACAGGACGACUGGUUGCAAUCGAAGGAAAGAUGAAUGCGGCCCAGAACAGGGAUAUCCUGGACGAAAACCUUCUCCCGAGUACUCAGAACCACAGACUGGACCGAAGGCUCACAUUCAAAAAAGACAAUGACCCUAAGAACACAGCUGAAAUACCGAAGGAGUGGCUUCAGAACAACUCUGUGACUGUUUUUGAAUGGCCCAGACAGAGUCCUGACUUAAACCCAAUUGAGCAUCUCUGGAAAGACCUGAAAAUGGAUGCCCACCAACGGUCACCAUCCAACCUGACAGAACUGGAGAGGAUCUGCAAGGAGGAAUGGCAGAGGAUGCCCAAAUCCAGGUGUGAAAAAGUUGUUGCAUCAUUCCCCAAAAGACUCAUGGCUGUAUUGGCUCAAAAGGGUGCUUCUACUAAAUACUGAGCAAAGGGUCUGAAUACUUAUGGCUGUGUGAUAUUUCAGUUUUACGUUUUUAAUCAAUUCUGUCAAUAUGGGGUGCUGCAUGUACAUUAAUGUGGGGGGAAAAAAUGAACUUAAAUGAUUUUAGCAAAUGGCUGCAAUAUAAAAAAGUGAAAACUUUAAGGGGGUCUGAAUACUUUCCAUACUAAUGUGAUAUAUGGGUUUAUUGUGUAACUCGUCUGUGCGUGAACAUGGGUGUAUUAUUGCAGGGAGGAUCAAAUGUAAAUACGAUAUGGGUGUGGGGGUGUGAUGCAGGAACAUCUGUUGGAGACGGCGCCUGGCGCCAACGGCAAAUCGCCAUUAUUUUGCAUGGCAACAAUGACGUCAAUGGACCUUGGACCAAUCAGACGACAACGAUUCUAUACUUCCUCUUUGAAACAUUCUAUAUGUCUGGGGCAGGAACAGAGAGCUGAGGCUAGGGUAAGCGUAGCUGCUGACCAAGAGCUCUGUAAAAUGUAUAGACUCCUCUGUCAGGAAUACAUUGGUUGGCUUUUAACACGUCGUUAUAAUUUUAGUUCUUUCACGAAAACGAACAUGCAUGGAACCUCGAGAGUUAAUAGGUGAUUUUAAAAGACAGGUUCCUUUAAUACCCACUGUAUGUAUUUAGAUUAUAUCUGUAUGUGCAUAUAUAUAUAUAUAUACACACACACAAAAUUUAUAUAUAAGUGCAUUUAUAUUUGAUAUGUACAUAUGUGUACAAUAUAUACAUACAUAUAUAUAUAUACAUAUGUAUAUAUACAGUGGGUUAGAAAAACUGCUCACCCAAAUGCCAAGUUUUUUUUUUCUAUAUGUAUAUUUUUAAAAAUGACCAAGAAGAAGAGACACGGUGGACGACUGGUUAGAGCCUCACAGUUCUGAGGUCCGGGGUUCAAUACCCGGAGUUUGCAUGUUCUCCCCGGUUUUCUCCGGGGACUCCGGUUUCCUCCCACAUCCCAAAAACAUGCAUGAAUUGGAGACUCUAAAUUGCUCGUAGGUGUGAAUGUGAGUGCGAAUGGUUGUUUGUUUGUAUGUGCCCUGUGAUUGGCUGGCAACCAGUUCAGGGUGUACCCCGCCUCCUGCCCGAUGAUAGCUGGGAUAGGCUCCAGCACACCCACGUCCCGAGUGAGGAGAAGCGGCUCAGAAAAUGGAUGGAUGGAUGGACCAAGAAGAACCAUUUCAAAACCUGUUACAUAUAACCUGUACAAAUCAAUUUAAAAAAAGGAAAUCUUUUUCUACCCGGUGAAAAAAAACCAGCCCCAAAGCAUGAUGCUGCCACCGCCAUGCUUUAGGUAUGAUGGUAUGUUGUUAAUUUGGUGAUGAGCAGUUUUGUGCUUGUGCCAAACAUACCUUUUGAAAUUCUGGCCAAAACAUUCAACUUUGGUUUCAUUGGACUGUAACACAUUUCCCCACGUUUGGCAAAAUGUAGCCAAGCUUAAUGUUUUUCUUUGAAAGGCCGUCCACCUUUUAACCCUACCCCAUAUCCCAGACAUGAAAAAGACAGGCAUUUUUUGACACAUUUAUUAAAAAGCCAGUUUUUUCCCAGAAAUUCCUGCAGUUCCUUCAAUGUUGUCUCUUGGCAGCCUGCCUUACCAGUUUUCUUUUCAUCUUUUCAUCAAUUUUGGAGGGAUGUCCAGUUUUUGGCACUGUCAGUGUUGUACCAUAUUUUCUCCACUUGAUGACUGUCUUCACUGUGUUCAAUCGUAUACUUAAUUUCUAAGAAAUUCUCUAAUACACUUCUCCUGAGUGAUAACUUUGAACAAUGAAAUCCCUCCAAUGCUGUGGAAGCUCUCUGCAGACCAUUGCCUGUGCUGUUUUGACAUGACCACAAAAAUGUCAAGAAAAGCCUACAAAAACAUCUGAACUUUAUUUGGGGUUAAUAAUAGGCACUUUAUUUAAAUAGUGGGAGGUGUGUGCUGACCCCCAUUUAACAAGUUUGAAAGUGAUUGGUUUAAUUCUGAGCAGUCAAUAGGAUGUGUGGGCACAUGUACAACAACAUGAUCUCACUUAUUUUACAUCCCCUCACUAAAGGAUUUCAGUUUCUUUUUUUUUUAUUGCGUUGUACAGGUUAUAGAUCGCACUAGUGAUGGAAAAUGUUUAAGUGAUUUAUCUUCUUGUUUUUUACGUUAAAAACCUGGCAUUUGAACAGUGGUGUGUACACCUUUUAUAACCACUACAUCCUGUAUAUACAUACACACUGACGAGAAAAAUAUUGGGGCACACCUUUUAAUUCAUCUAUCAAUCAGGCAAUGGUUAGGCUAGAGUCCUUAGCUCCAACUGAAUCAUAUAUUGAGACAUUUUCUAUGCUUUCCAAGAACAGUUUGUGUAAGGCCCCUUGGUUGGAUGGGUUUGGUGCAGAAAACCUUGACUGCCUGCAGAUUCAAAUAAAAAUAUUGAUGGCAAAUUAGACCCUCAAUGGCGUGGUAGUGGGGACUGUCAUAACAGCAAAGGAGUUCAUUUUCACUUCUGAAAAGUUAAUCCAUGAAAUCUAUUUACGGCAGGAAUAGACAACACAAAGUGCCUUAUGGAUUUCAGCCAAUCAGCAGACUAUUAUGUACACUGGUUUGUCAUAAUCCCAAGCGUGCCGAUAUAUAAAUACUGUUUUGUUUUUUUAUUUCAUUAGUUUUGUCAACACAGGAAGACAUGGUAACUAAAAAAAUGCUUCAGACAAUCGCGGUGACCUGUGGGCACAAAAAGAAAAAAACAUUCUGGGAAAAAAAGUCUAAGUGCACUUACACAGCUCUGACAUGAUCUCAGUCUGAUUGGCGCCCCAUCCCCACAAAAGAAUCAAAACUGAUAUUUUAGAGGGAAAUAAGAAUAAUUAAUCUAUUUUGUUUCGUUUUUUCAUGAAGAGCAAUAAGAAUGGGAUAAGCCUUUAUUAGUCCCGCAAUGGGGAAAUUCACAAUCCAGGAAGGGCUGCACUAUUUUAUUAUAUUUUUUUAACUUUCUUCUACAAUGUUCUGCGGGACACCUUUUAGUUCCAUAAUCCUGGAUGAUAGCGACUUAGUCGUCCUAUGAUUCAGAGAUUAUUAACCUUUGUUUCACUG